AUGAGGUUUCAAGUCUCGGAACUUCUCAUAGGAAACCCUCAUCAUAAAAAAACAUCAAAACUGCUCGCUCCACUCAUAGCCCUAACAAUCCUUCUAACAAUCCCUUUGUACUACUAUCCCACCGUUAGAAACUCGUCCAAGAAAUUAUCCGACACAUCGCCGGUGUACGACGACGAUACCACGGACAAACCGAUCAAACCUUUCGAAACACCUCAUCCCGAAGAAACAAUAUCCGAAAACAAUCCAACUAACUGCUCGGCAGCCGCAGAAUGUAAUAACAAUGAUCAACCGGCCGCGCCAACCGAGCACCAUCCGGUCCGAAAGAAGCAAGAGCGGGCCAAUAGAAAGAAAAGAGUGGGCCGUGCGCCGGCGGCCCACCAUAAAGAAAGCAACAAACACCGGCCCGUUGGGCCCAAUGACCGUGAGAUGGUGAGAUCGCAACUAUUGGACGAGGAGGAAUGUGAUUUGUUCUCCGGGGAGUGGGUCCCGAAUCCCGAGGGCCCGUAUUACACGAAUGACACGUGUAACACGAUACAGGAGCACCAGAACUGCUUCAAGUUCGGGCGGCCCGACAGAGGAUUCUUGAAAUGGAGAUGGAAGCCCGAUGGUUGCGAGCUGCCCGUUUUCGACCCGGCCCGAUUCUUGGAGCUUGUUAGGGGCAAGUCGAUAGCUUUUGUGGGAGACUCCGUGGCGAGGAAUCACUUGCAGUCUUUGAUUUGCCUCUUGUCAAGAGUUGCAACUCCAGUGGACCUAACAGGACCAGUGGACCAAAACAAGCGUUACGAAUACCGCGACCACGACUUCAACAUCUCCAUGUUCUGGGCUCCUUACCUCGUCCGCACCGAAAAACUCGACCCGAACGACGACGACAAGCGUCCUUUCAAGCUCUUUCUCGACGAGUUCGACACCCACUGGACGUCCAGCCUCUCCCCCUUCGACUACCUCAUAAUCUCGGCUGGCCACUGGUUCUUACGCCCCUCCUACUUCUACCUCGACCGCCACCUCGUCGGCUGCCUCUACUGCCCCGACACCAACAUCACCCACCACACCAUCGCCUUCAGCUAUCGACGAGCCUUCCGAACCGCCCUUCGUGCCAUAUCAGCAGCAGAAGGCUUCCGCGGGGUGGCGUUCCUCCGCACGUUCGCCCCAUUGCACUUCGAGGGGGGUGCGUGGGACAAUGGCGGGGAUUGCCCGCGGACGAGGCCGUACAGGCGGGAUGAGGCGAGACUGAUGGACUACAGCCUGGAGAUGUAUUUGAUACAGCUAGGGGAGCUGAGGAUAGCGCAGAGGGGGAGGCACAAUAAGUUUCGGUUGUUUGACGCGAGCAGGGCGAUGGUGCUGAGGCCGGACGGGCACCCAAGUAGGUACGGGCGCGUGCAGGGGAAUACUAAUCAGUCGUUUGCGAAUGAUUGCGUGCACUGGUGCCUGCCGGGGCCCAUUGAUGCGUGGAAUGAUUUUUUGCAGGAGUUGUUGAAUAGAGAGGUAGGAAGGGAGAGGGGGUGA